GCUCGAACUGAUAACCUUUCAGCCAUUGUAGUUUAUUAUACCGUUAACUUUUUCAAACAAGGAACCGCAGCAUUAAGAAGACGGGGAUAAUUCAACAUGGCUGCGCGAUCACAUGUGGAUACUGCUGUUAAUGAGAGAAGACUUCGUCCAAUUUAUGAUUGUCUUGAUAAUGGCAACAACAAAAAAGCUCUUCAAGAAGCUGACAAACUUCUCAAAAAACAAAGAGAUUUUCUGUGUGCAAAGGCUCUUAAAGCUCUUGCUCUUGUUAGAUUGGGCAGAAAUGAAGAGUCAUUUAAUGUUGUACAAGAAGUGCAUGCUGAAGAUCCAACAGACGAUCCUACUCUCCAGGCAAUGACCAUAUGUUAUCGAGAAUUACAUAAAUUGGAACUCAUUGCUGAUGCAUAUGAGCGAGCCACUAAAAAAGAUCCUCAAAAUGAAGAACUUCUUUCUCAUCUGUUUAUGUCUCAUGUUCGCAAUGGGGAUUAUAAAAAGCAGCAACAAACAGCCAUGGCCCUGUAUAAGCUCAAGCCAAAAAAUCCUUAUUACUUUUGGGCAGUAAUGAGUAUUGUUAUGCAAGCAGAGAAGGCAGAAGAAACAUCAACUAAAACAAUGCUGCUUUCACUUGCUGAAAGAAUGACUGAAAAGUUUGUGAAAGAAAAUAAAUUAGAGGCUGAAGCUGAAGUUCAACUUUAUCUCAUGAUUCUUGAGAGACAAGAAAAAUAUGAAAAAGCUAUUGAGGUAUUGAGCAGUCCAUUGAAAGAAAAAAUGUCUUCUGAAAAGGACUUACCUGAGAGAGAAGCUCAGUAUUUGAUUUAUUUGCUGAAAUGGCCUGAAGCAAAUAAAGCAUACAAGAAACUCAUUCUAAAAACGCCUGAUGCAUGGAAAUUAUAUGAGGAAUAUUUUAAAUGUAUUCAAAAUCUUGUUGACAUGAAUUGGCAACCUGAAUUAAAUAGUAAUGAUACACCAGAAGAAUGUGUUGAUUAUACAUUUGAAAUGGCAAUUGACUUUGUGGGUGCCUUAGUUGAAGAACAAAAUGGAGAAAAGGAAGGCAGGAAAUUACGGGGACCAUAUUAUGCUAUGUUGAAUUUAUUUGAUAAAUUAUUGAAAAAAGAGGAUCCCCUGGCUCAAAAAAUAGGUUCUCCUGUUGAUUUGCUUGUAAAUUUUUUUGAACAAGUUGGCACAAAACCAACAUGCCCAGUUGAUAUGUCUUUCAUGAUGAGUGCUUACGGAUUGAAAGAGGAGGAAAUUAGAAAAGUGCUUGAAAAAAUUGAAGCCUCUGUAUCAAAUGAUAGUUCAGAGAAUCCCAGUUUUCCUAAAGAUCUAAAGCAAAUGUAUAGACAUUUGUGUUACACUCAAUUAUGUGAUCAUUUUGGUAUUAAAGAGAAUGAUAAACAACAAGAUCUCUUGACUUAUACGUGUCAGCUUAUUGAAAGAUAUUAUCAUGCCUUGAAAUUAACACCAAACCUCUGGACUACUGAGUUUCAACCUGCUGAUAACUAUGCUUUAGUUGCUGCCCAUACCAUUAUUAAUAUUUGGGAAAAAUUUGGUGAAGAAAGGUUUAUUGCUCAAGCUCUUGUCCUUCUUGAACAAAGUCUCAAAAAUAGCCCAUCUAAUUAUUUAGUAAAAAUCUUGUUAUGUAAACUGUAUAAUUCUAUAGGUGCUGCUGAUGUAACAAACUCCUUGCUUUAUGAUAGCAUGGAAAUUAAAUAUAUACAACAAGAUACUUUAGGGUAUAUUGUCACUGAUUCUAUUUUGUCUGCCGGCCUUUUUACUUCUGCUAAUACUCUACUAGGGAACAAUUUACGAUUUUAUACUUCCAAUUAUAAAGAUGUAUCUGAUUAUUUGUUAUCUUGUUAUAAAUUUGGAACAUUCACUAAAAUACCUGAGUUUAUCAAGUUCAGGGAAAAGAUGAAUAACUCUUUACAUUAUGCCUUAGUAAUUGCUGAAAAGAAAAUUUUAGAUCUUCUUCUAGAAACAAAAAAUCUGCAAGACUUGGAAAGAGUUGUAAGUGCCAUGGAUGUUGAUCCUGAAAAAGAUCAUAGGCCUACGAAGGAGCUUGUAGAUACACGUGACAUAUCAAUUUAUAAUCUAAAUACUCUAAGAGAAAGAAAAAUACUAGAAGAACAAACUGAGAAAUCUCACCAAGAAAGGAUGUGGUGGUUAAAUAUUAGAAACUUUACUCUCCAAAUUGUAGCUGCAGCAUAUUAUUUAAAUAAGCCGAAUAUUGUAAAUAAUAAUAUAGAGAAUAAUAUUUCAAAUGGUGUGAAACAUCACAUGGCCGAUACAUUAAAUAAAUUGAUUUGUUCAUUAAAAAGUAGUGUGGACUCUGUUAACAAAGAUGACUUGUUAACAUCUGUUUUUCCAGUUUCUUGCCUGGGUCCUUCCAGAAUUAUGAAAUAUUUAAAUGGCCCUCAUAUAGAUAUAUUUUUAUCAUCAGCUAAGCUAGUUCAUUACAUUCAUAGUUUAACAGAAGGUUAUUCAACAGAUACUUCUGAAAGUGUAAAAGACCUAAGUAUAAUCAAUGAAAUUAGGAAUAAUUAUCAAAUGUUAUUCGAAAGAAUACGGGAUGUAAGUCCAGACAAAGAUUCUCUAAAUCCUACUCAAGUCAAAGUUUUCUUCGAAGAUACUGCUAAUGCUGUUGAGACUUUAAGCUUAAGUCUAUUAUUAGUUAGUGUUUGUUUUGCAUUAUUGAAGCCUGCUCGAAAUUCUCUAAUGCGUAAAGGAAAAAAGAGAAAAGACAAUGUUCCACAAAUAACACUCGAAACAUUUCAACAUGUAACUGAUCUAAUCAAUGAUAUGGAAGAUUUUGGAAAUAAUUUACAUGAUUUGCUCAAUAGUCAAUCUAGCUCUGAUUUAGCAUCACAUUUAGGAAUAAUGUCAGAUAGUUCAAAGUGUAUAAAGGGCAGAGAGGAUGUUGUGAAGGAGAUAAUUGCUAAAGUGGAAGAAAGUUACAACACUUCUCUAAAAGUACUAGAUGACACGUUAAUGGUUAAAGUGAGAUUUAUUCAAUCAUUAAAGUGGUGAUGUUCAUACUUCAUAUUUUACUGUAUAUUUCCUAAUAAAAACUGUGAAGAGGAUGAAAAUAACUGAAGAGGAACAUAUAGUCAUAUUUUCGUCCAUUGCCUCCUUCCAAAGGUGCAUAUUUUAAAAAAAACUGGACUACUUACCUCAACUGUUUUUAUACUUUACUAUCUAGGAUCCCAAGCCUCGUGUGAAGAGGGGGAAAGUCAAAGGAUGGAGUUAUAUUUUGUAAAAUAAAUUAAAAGAAAACUUAUACAAGUGUUUUUAAAUACAUUCGUACUUCGACUAAAUUAAGAUACAUCGACUAAAUUAUGAUUGUUUUUUGUUAUAAAUUUUGUCUUUCUUUUCAGUUUCCAAUUGCUUCUGAUGCCAAAGAUUAUAUUAUGUGUAACACUGAUUUGCAAACUGAAUUUCAUUUUUUUAAUUUAAAAAAAUUAUACAUUUUGAAAAAAAAAAAAGUUUCAUUGUAUAAAUAUUGUGUAAUGUAUUCGCUCGCCCCUGAAUACCAAAGUUGCUACAAUUUUAUUAUAUAUUCUGCUAUAAGUCCAAUAAAUAUAUUUAUAUUUUUGUAUUGAAUUUAAUACGAAAAAAGUAUUAAAAAUAUUCUGUGUAUUCUUGUGCCCAAAAGCAAUCUUUUCAUUUAGAAAAAAAAUUAAAUAAAAUAUUUCUUCUGAAUUUGAAAUAAAUUUUAUAUUCUCUUCUUGCCUUUUUAAUAAAAAUGUGAAUGCAAUACAGGGUUGGAAAUUGUUCCAAGACACAGGAAAAAAGUAAAAAAUGAAAUUUCUUAAUGUAAUAAGUAUUAAAUUUAAAUAAAUUAAAAUAUAAUGUAGUAUCAGAGAAUUUAGUGUCUCACUUCCAAUUUUUUUAAAAAUAUAUAUUUAUUUAUAAUUUUUGUGUUAUUUAUUUUAGUUUUAUUCAGGAUAUUAAAAUCUAUAUAUCAUAUUGACAAAAAAAUUGGUUUGAAUAUUCAUGCUAAAAAAAUAUUUGGUUAUAAAUGGUAUUUGAUAACAUGACAAUCAGGUCACUAGAUCAAAAGUUAUUAGAGUUCCUUUUUUUUUUUUUUGUGUGUGCAAAAAAAAUAGUUAUUAGCACUAAAUGAAUCUGAGUUUAAAACUUUUAUUGAUUAUUCAUUAAUUUAAGGAUUUAAUACCGUUAUUUCUAAUUUUAAUAAUCAAAAGUGAAUUGCUUUAGAGCAUUAUAAAUUCGAUGUAAAUGGAUGUUUUUAUUUAUCUACUAAUAAUGUAACUUUUAGACUUAAAUUGUAGCCUUAUAUAAGUAAAUAUUAUUUAUUGAUAAGUGAAACUAAAUUGCUUUUACUUCAUUGAAUACUUGCUUUUUGAAAAUCUUACAAAUUUUCAUUUGGUGCUAAAUCUGAUAGAAUAGACUUAACUACUUGAACAUUUCCUUAACUAAAUGUUUAAUACAAGUUAUCUGAUCUGUAAACAGUGUUGCAGUAACUGUCAAAUAUUUAGCAAAUUAAAACAAAAUAUGGUAAAAUUAAAUUUUUAUUGUAACCAAUACAAAUCUAUCAGGUGCUGGGGAAGAAAUUUUUUUUAGUCCAACCUGAAGAGUUCUAGAAGCAAUUCUAAAACAGGUAUAGCACUGUACACAACUUCAGCUUCAAUUUUCUAGAAUUCUGUAUUGUUGACAAUUGCAAAUAUUUUACUUAAAUUAAUAAGUUUUUGCUUUGUAUAUGUUUAUAUACAUAGUUUUUAAUCACCAAUAAUUUAGCAAUAUUUUUAUAAUAACUACCUAGCAAUACAAGGGUGUAUAGAAAUUACAUGUAUGUACUACCAGAUAAAAUCUACCUGAUUUGCUUUGAAGUUGUGACUAAGUAAUUUAUGCUAUUUUAACUGUUCAGUAAUAUUUGCUUUCUAUUAAGUUAUUGUUUCUUUACUCUUGUGACCCUAAUUGCCCCUUUCAAUAUAAUUAACCUAUUUUUAUCUUUAGUAUGCAUCUUUUUAUUUUACUUUGUUACAAUCUCUGAAAUACAUUUAUAUACAUAUAAUUGUUUUAAAUAUUGCGCCUGAAACAUAGGAUGUUAUUGAUUUAGGUUAUUGUAAUAUUAUUUGCAAUGCAUUUUAUACUUGUAUUUAUUAAAAUUAUGAAUUCUUUGUUUUCACUA